AUGUGGAAAGUACUGUGUCUAGUAGCUCUCGUCAGCCAACAGGCUUUCGGUAAAACUAUUCCCGUAGAUUAUGUGGAAAACCUAAGACAAGGGCCUCAAGGCCGUAUUGUAUCGGGUUCUGACGCGAGCCCUGGCCAGUUCCCUUACCAAGUGGCUGUGAGAGGAUUCGACCAACAAGGCAGGUUACUCGCUUGCGGAGGUGUGAUCAUUGAUGAACAAUGGGUGCUGACAGCUGCCCACUGCACAGCUAACUACGAGUCAGUGAUUGUGUUGGCUGGCGUUAACAUUAACGACCCUGAAAUCGCAGUCGAGAGCACCGAAUGGUACAACUAUCCAGGUUACAACCCUGAGACACCCAAUGCGCCUCAGGUCAACGACAUCGCCUUGAUCAAGCUACCAUCACCCCUGUCACUCACAGACAACGUAAACAAGAUCCAACUCCAGUCAUCUGCUGAUGCAGGCAAAAACUACGAUGGUGCUAAGCUGUACGCUAGCGGUUUCGGAAGACUAUGGACUGAUGGCUCUAUGUCUGACACUCUUAAGUGGGUGAACCUCCGCGGAAUCAGCAAUGACGAGUGCCGCAGGUUGUACUCAUGGAUCGUCACCGACACCACCGUCUGCGCACAGUACUACGAUGAAGUUACUCAGUCCAUUUGCCAGGGUGACACCGGUGGUCCUCUUGUUGAGAAGAACGAAGAUGGAGAAGCCGUCCUCGUCGGUAUUGGUUCUUUCGUAGCCGCUGCUGGUUGCCACACUGGUUUGCCCGCUGGUUUCAUCCGCCCAGGAGCUUUCCACGACUGGUACACUGAAGUCACAGGCAUCGACUUCGAUUCCUCUGAAGAAGCCCCUGAGGUGACUCCAGAGCCAGAGAGCGAGGAGGAAGACAGUGAGGAGUCCAGCGAGGAGUCCAGCGAGGAGUCCAGCGAAGAGACCAGCGAAGAGUCCGAUGAAGAAGAGUCUGAAGAAGAAGAGCCCGAGAGCCCUGAAGAGGAAGAGCCCGAGACUCCCGAAGAACCCGAGACUCCCGAAGAGCCCGAGACUCCCGAAGAGCCCGAGACUCCUGAAGAGCCUGAGACUCCCGAAGAACCCGAGACUCCCGAAGAGCCUGAGAACCCCGAAGAGCCUGAAGAGCCCGAGAACCCUGAAGAGCCUGAGAACCCCGAAGAAGAGGAAUAA